GUAGAAAUAAACACAAUCAUUGUCUUCUUGUCUCUUACAACUCACAAUAAACAAUGAAUCCUUCCAAACCCAACAACACAAGGAUUGACAUUGAACCAUCGAACAGAAGAGUGUCUUUUGCUGAAAACAACCCAGAUGAAGAACUGUCAUCCCACCAGCACCAAUCCUUAAAUAACACUGUUCCCUUGCUCCUACAGCCAUCAUAUGCGAGAUCAAAGUCCAUGAUCUUCGAUGAACUGCGGAACUUUCGCAUCAGCCUCAAGUGGUGUGCCCUUGACCACUCUUCAUGCGUUGGAAAACUCAUAUCCUAUGUCACUUUCAUCUUCUUCACCAUCCUUGUCCCUCUUCUCACGUCUAUCUUCGUUGAAAUCCCUUCCUCCGCACCAGAAGAUGACCCCUUCUCCUUCAACAAGCUUGUUCAACUGCCCGAAUCUGCCCUCGCCAUUAUUUCCUUCUUUACAAUCUCCAGUUUCUUCAGAAGGUAUGGGCUUAGGCAGCUUCUGUUCCUAGACGCUUUGCAAGAAGACACAAACUAUGUUCGACGCGGGUACACACGGGAGCUUGAGAAGGCUUUCAGAUACUUGACAUACAUAAUCCUACCUUCCUUCUUGGUGGAGCUUGUCCACAAGAUUAUAUUCUUUUCCGCAGUUAAGAUCUCAGGCCCAGACAUACGACCUGGGUUCCCUCUGAACUCAAUAGUGUUUGUGUUGAUGCUGGUGUGUUGGGUUUACAGAACUGGGGUGUUCCUGUUGGUAUGCGUGCUCUUCAGACUCACAUGUGAGCUUCAAAAGCUUAGGUUUGAAGGUGUACACAAGCUGUUUGAAGGGUGUGGGUCAGAGGCAGGGGUCAUAUUCAAAGAGCAUGUCAGGAUCAGGAGGCAGUUGUGGGUUACAAGUCACAGGUAUAGAUUCUUCAUAAUUGGAUGUGUCGUUACCAUCACUGUUAGUCAGCUCGGUGCUCUGCUUCUUGUUUUGGCUUCCAACUCUCACAAGACCUUCUUCAAUUCUGGUGACCUUGUGAUUUGUUCAGCAGUGCAACUGAGUGGCUUCUUCAUGUGCAUUUUGGGAGCAGCGAGAAUCACACACAGAGCACAAGGAAUAGUCGCAAUUGCCACAAGAUGGCACAUGCUGGUCACCACUGCAUCUGCUGAAUCAGAGCAUUGCAAAUCUCAGGUGUCUGAGGGCCUCGCUAGUGACACUGAUUCUGAUGAUUCCUCCAACAUACACGUAUCAGUCAUCCCACCACAACUUUCGUCUUUCCAAACCCGACAAACCUUAAUAACAUAUUUACAGCAUAAUCACGGGGGAAUAACGGUAUAUGGGUAUUCACUUGAUCGAGGAUUGCUUCAUACUCUGUUUGCCUUCGAGUUUUCCCUAGUGCUAUGGAUUCUUAGUAAGGUGGUUGUCCUGUCCAAAUAACCAAGUAUUCAAGUCCGAAAAAUCGCUUUGCAUGGAGCAACCAACAUUAUAAGGAUAUCUCUUCUACUUGCUUCCAUUUUUUUUUUGUAAUUAUUAAUUUUCAAAUUACUUCAAUUGCACUAUAGUAUCUGUUAUUACAAAAAUCGGAUGAACACCACUAUAGUAUCUUAUCUCCGACGUCUCUCAUGAA